AUGAAUAACCACAUAUCACAAGAUAAUAUUGUUAUUAAUAAUGACACAACUGUAUCUAAUGAAGAGAAAAAUAAUAUAUCAAACACUAAUGUGGAUCAUAAUGUAAGUACAGGUAGCAAUUCUUCUACUAUUAACAGUUAUAACACCAUAAGUAACAACAACAAGGAAGUACAACAAGGAGGGGAACUGUCGGGAGAUGACAAUUCUGUUCAUUCCUAUUAUAGCGAUUAUACAGGUAAUAACCAAUUGACACCGAAAAAUAAUGUCACAAAAAUCCCUACUACAGAUAGCAAUAAAAACGCUAAUAAUACUAAAGAUACAAAUCAAAACGAUAAAGAGAACAAUAAGGAGGAUGAUAAUGAUGAUGAUACACCUGUAGACCCUAGAGAUUUGGAAUGGGAUAAUCCUGAAGAUCCGGAUAACCCCCAUAAUUGGAAACCAGCUAAAAAAUGGGCUGCAACCAUGGUUGCCGCUUGUACCUGUUUAGUAGUCACAAUGGGGUCUUCCUUGUACGUUUCUGGUGUACCUGAGUUAAUGGUGCGUUACCAUAUUUCCCAAACUUUAUCUCUUUCAGGAUUAACUUUUUAUCUAUUGGGAUUGUCCUCUAUCAUUGGAGCUCCUUUAAGUGAAGUCUUUGGUAGAAAACCUAUAUAUGUAACAUCAAUUCCACUUUCAAUGUUAUUUACUAUGGGGGUUUGUUUAUCUAAUGGCCAUAUGAGAAUUAUUUUGCCAUGCAGGUUUCUCUCUGGGUUUUUCGCUUCUCCAGCUUUAAGUAUUGCUUCUGGUACUUUAGUCGAUAUGUGGGAUGUUGAUUUAUUAAGUCCUGCAAUGACUUAUUUCUGUUUGGCUCCAUUUCUAGGUCCAGUUAUAGCCCCUAUAAUGGGAUCCUACGCUUGUGCCUCAAUGAAAAAUUUUAGAUGGAGCGCCUAUAUUCAAUUAUUUGCAGGCGGGAUAAUCACCCCCUUCUUAAUAUUAAUGCCAGAAACGCAUAAAGUCAUCGUAUUGAAAAAAAGAGCACAAAAGAGGGGGGUUAAUUUGAAAAAACCAACAAAGGAGGAGUUGAAAACAUUUUUAAAAUUAACAAUGACCAUUACUAUUUUUAGACCACUAAAGAUGUUGUUUGUUGAACCAAUUGUGUUAGUUUUUAGUAUCUACGUUGCAUUUAUUUUUGCUGUUUUGUUUGGGUUCUUUGAAGCAUUUGCAGUUAUUUAUCGUGGUAUAUAUUUAAUGGAUGAUGGAAAUUCAAGUUUACCAUUUUUAGGUAUUGGUAUUGGUCUAUGGAUGGGUUCCUUUUUUUAUCUAUGGUAUGAUCGUAAGUUCUUUUUCCCCAAGGCGCCAAGUGGAACUCCCUUAUUAGUAAAUUCCCCUACUGCAAGAACUAUGCCAUAUAGAGGUCAUAGAAAUCCUGAAACUGGCGAAUUAUUACCAUUGAAACCGGAGACAUUUUUGGUUGUUACUAAAAUAGGAUCGAUAGCUUUACCCAUUGCAUUAUUUUGGCAAGGGUGGACUGCAAGAAAAUCUGUUCAAUGGAUGGCGCCUAUUGCAGCCGGUGUUCCCUUUGGUUUUGGAUUGAUUUUGAUUUUCUUUUCUGUUAUGAUGUAUUUUAGUACAUCUUAUCCUCCUUUAUAUGUGGCUUCCGCUUUAGCCGCAAAUAAUUUGUUAAGAUAUGUUACUAGUUGUGUUUUCCCACUUUUCACUAUUCAAAUGUAUGAAAAAAUGCAUGUUUAUUGGGCUAGUUCUUUUUUCGGAUUUGUUUGUAUUGCUAUGAUUCCAGUUCCCUGGUUAUUUGAAAUUUACGGGCCUAAAUUAAGACAUAGGUCACAAUUUGGGUUUGCUGCAAUGGAAAAAGGAACGGAUGAUGAUGAUGAAAAUGUUGCUGAAUUAACUUUGACUAGAACCUAUACUGAAGCUAGUAUUGCUGCCUUUACAGACGAUCAUAGUUCAAAUUUUCAUGAUAAGAAUAAGAAUAAGAAUAAGAAGCCUUCUGAGCAAGUUUGA